GGUGGUUCAAGUGUGUGUCUGUCUGACCUUGUUGCAGCGAACGUGCAGCUCUUGAGUCUGUUUCCGCAGUCGACUGUCCACGGCCUUCACCAGCUGAGCAGAGCGUCCCCCGGCAUUCAGCUGAUUGUCAAAGUCCUCUGCAGCUUUCAUCAGACUGUGCGGUGUGUACAUGCACAUGAAAAUGAAGGAGCCUCCCUCCUGUUUUGGCAGCCGUUGCGUCUCUCUCCAUUGUCUGGUGUCUCUCUCUCUAUAAAUAGCCCACUUCUC